UUUAUUUUUUCUAUUUUUUAAGAAAAAACAAAAUGAGUUCUUCAAAAUCUUCAACAACUUCCUCAACUCAACAGCCAACUGUAGUUGACAUAAAUUCUUUGACAAUUGAAGAACUUUCUGGUUUACAACAACAACUUAGUGCCGAAUUAUCUUUUUUUAAUGAAUCUUUGAAUGAAUUGAGAAGUGUUUCUAAUCGUUUUGGAAGAUGUCAAGUGACUUUGGAUUCGAUAAAUCCUGAGGAAAAGAAUAAAAAAGCGUUGAUUCCGCUGUCAGAAUCGGUUUAUAUUGAAGCUAAAGUUAUUGAUCCAGACAAAUAUUUGGUUGAAAUUGGUGCUGGUUACUUUGCUAGAAUGAAUCGAAAACAGGCUUUGGAUUAUUUUAAAAGAAAAUAUGCAUUUUUGGACGGCCAAAUAAACACAAUAAAUAAAAGUGUUAUUCCAGAAAAACAACAACUUAGACAAAUGGUUUUGAUGGCGUUACAAAAGAAGAUACAAGCUACCACUUCUGCUAAAUGA